AUGUCUCUGCACUACCUCCCCCCCGUUAAGCCCUCGGCCAUCGCCCUCGGCACAGCCUUCAACCACGGCGUCGAGCUGGUGGUGCUGUCGCCGCUGCUGGGCGCCACGUACCAGCGCGCCAAGCUCGCCAACACCAAGGAGGAGUUCAUCCGCUCCAAGGAGGCCAGCGGCGCCGCCCUCGCCUGGGGCUCUUCGGUCGUCGGCUCCGCGCUGCAGAGCUACGGCGUCGGCGCGCUCAUCAAUGCCACCGGCACCUUGAGCUACAAGGGCGCCGCGUACCUUGGUAGCUUGAUCUUUUUCGCCACUGCUGCUCCCGGUUACAUCUCCCAGAUCAUCGUUGAGAAGCGCCCCCUCGACACCGUCGGCGUCAGCGUCGCUGCCAAGCUCGUUGAGACGCUGGGUUUGUCCGUCUUCCUGACCUGGUGGGGAACCCGUACCAACCCUUUUGACUAA